AUGUAUCCAUUCUUUAAAUUCUAUUUAAAUUUACAUAAUCAUCAUUUCCAGUAAACACUCAAAUCAUUAAAUCUAUCUCAUUAGUUUGUGAAUCCCUUUCCUAAUAAAGCAAAUAUUAUUAUUAAAGUAAAAUUGUUAGCAAGAAGAAUUGAGUUAUAUAAAAAUUAUAUUCAGAGUUAACUAUAGAAAUAAUUUCAAGAAUUCUUGAACAAUUCGAACUUGAAUUCACUAAAUUCAUGAAAAAUUAAAGCAAUUAUAUGAAAAAACGAAAUUCAAUCUAUCAACCAUAAAAUUAUGAUAAUAGAAGGUAUUUAAGAGUUAAUAAAUUUCGUUUAUUUAAGUAGAAAAUCUACUUAAAUCAAAAAAACUAAAAGUUGUAAUUGAAUAAAGUUUAAUUAAAUAUAUGA